AUGGAGGAGAACGGGUUUGAGAAGGCUGUGCGGAGAGGAGACGUGCAGACUUGGAAGCCUCACGUGUUUCUCCGUCUGUUCACUCAGUUUGGCGGGACCGCACUCCAUGAGGCCAGCGGGAACGGGAACACUGAGAUAGUGAAGCUGCUAUUACAACAUGACGCUGAUGUGGAGGCGAGGGACAGCUAUGGCCGGACCGCUCUCCAUGUGGCCUGCAUAACCGGGAACACUGAGAUAGUGAAGCUGCUAUUACAACAUGACGCUGAUGUGGAGGCGAGGGACAACUAUGGCUGGACCGCACUCCAUGUGGCCAGCAUGGCCGGGAACACUGAGAUAGUGAAGCUGCUAUUCCAACAUGACGCUGAUGUGGAGGCGAGGGACAACGAUGGUAGAAAACCAAUGGACGUCGCAAGUGACAAAGACCUCCGACGCUUCCUGAAGGAUCAUGCUGCAGAGGUUUCCUACCACAAACUGAUGGAACAGUCCGGUGGGGUGAAAGUCGACAGGUUUAAACUGUGCAUCUGUGGACCACAGGAAGCUGGCAAAUCUACGCUGAAGGAAAGUCUUCAAACGGGUCCCUUUGCCGCUUUCUUCCGGGAUCGAAUGACUCCAGACGAUCAGCCCCAUGAGCCCACCCCUGGUGUAAAUGUGGGAACAACCAACAUUCCCGGUGUGGGGGAGGUCAGUGUGUGGGACUUCGCUGGACAGUCGGAGUACGCGGUCACCCACAGCAUGUUCAUGGAUGCAGAGAACACCGUCUUCAUUGUGAUGUACAACAUCAUGAACGACUUUAAAACGCAGAAGAAAGAGGUCCGCUGGUGGUUGUGUUUCAUCAAGUCCUGCAACGCAAAGAGUGCGCCUAACGUCAUCCUUGUGGCCAGCCACGCGGACCAGACUAACACAGGACACCAAAGGGCAUCUUCCAUUCUUAAGUUGAUGACGGCCGAGUUCAAAGACUGCCUAAACAUCUCAGACGAAGUGUUCCUUCUUGACUGCAGAAGGACUCGUCAAACUGACAUAAGGCGUCUUAAGGACCUUUUGACCAAACUUAAGAAACAGCUUCUACAAAAUCAGAGAGACAUGCCCACGCUGUGUGCUAAGAUCAUGACGUCCCUACCAAAAUGGGUCAAGGAAAAGUGCAGCCCAAAGUGUCCUGUCAUGGGAUGGACGGAGUACGUGCAGGCAGCGAAGGAGAUCGACCGCUUUGUCGCUGAAGAUUUUUUGAAGACAUCUUCACAAUACCUGGAUCAUUUGGGAGAGAUCUUAUUCGUCCCCCCACCGAACGCUGACCCCAUCAUUGUCCUGGAGCCAAACUGGCUCUGCACGGAUGUCUUUGGCAAGGUGAUGGCACCAGAAAACUUCCCAGUCCAUUUGAGAACAAGAGACGAUAUCGUCACUAAAGAGGACAUCCAGGAAGUGUUCGAAGAUAUCGCCGAUGUCGACCUCCUCAUCACCCUGCUGCAAGAGUUCCAACUCUGUCACACCUUUGACGGACAGGAGUUCAUCAUCCCCGGGCUGCUGACACAGACCAUGCCUCCAGAGAAGUGGCAGCCGACCGCAGACCCCGCCAAGACCGUGUACUUCGGCAAGCAAGUCCAGUGUGCCGACACCACCGACAUGUUCUCCUCCGGGUUCUUUCCCCGUGUGCAGACCCGCCUGAUGAGGCAGCUGAAGAAUCGCCCGCUGCUGUGGAGAGACGGAGCCAAGUGUUUCGACUGUAACGUGGAAAGUCUCAUCAAGCUGUCCCCAGACGGCCGUGCGGUCAACAUCUGUGUGCGGAGCGAGCAGGCCGACAAGCCGAGCUGCCGACAGAUGCUCGAGCUGAUAGAGAACAUCAUCAACAACGUGCUCGACGAGUGCAGCCCAGGUACCACUACAGAGGAGAGGGUGCUCAGCGCUCGUGCACUGAAGGAACACAGAGAAGAAGUCUACUCCUACAGCAUGGAUCAGAUCAACAAGGCCGAGGACGGCAUCGUCUAUCACGACAUCCUUGGCUUCUCAGAAGACGUCGAUGACCUGCUGUAUGGCGGAAGAGACAAUGAGGAGGAACAAGGAGCUGCUGGAAACACCACGGUCCAACAGACGAUCGUGUAUGGAGGUGGAAACUUGUUCUUUAGGGCAGGUGAUCAUGCUCACAUCGACAUGCCAAGCGCCAUUCAAGGUGACCUUGGGCAACUUCGGUUGGAAGGUAGUUUGCCUGAUGACAUGGGACAGCUACAGAUUGAGGAGAAUGUGCCUGAUGACAUUGGACAGCUACAUUUGGAAGAGAAUACGCCAGGUGACAUGGGUCAGCCGAGCUAGAAGAGCAUGUGCCUGAUGACCUGGGACUGUAAUAGUUGGAGGAGAACAUGUCUGAUGAUC